AUGCAAUUUCAAUCGCGCGUAUCCACAACCAGCGUUCGCGAACUUCUCUUUGCCGACAACUGUGCCCUGAACGCCACCUCGGAAGAGGACAUGCAACGGAGCAUGGAUCUCUUCUCCGCUGCCUGUGAGAACUUCGGUCUGGUCAUCAACACACAGAAGACGGUGGUCGUGCAUCAACCGCCACCCAACACAGCCCCUCAUCCCAACGCGCCGCCGCAAAUCAGCGUGAACGGAACCCAACUGCAAGUGGUGGAGGACGUCCCGUACCUGGGCAUUACCCUCUCCCGCAGGACCAAAAUGGAUGACGAAAUCGUCCGCAGGAUUUCAAAAGCCAGUCAAACCUUUGGUCGCCUCCAGAGCAGAGUUUGGAAUCGUCAUGGUCUCCAACUGAGCACCAAGCUGAAGAUGUACAAGGCCGUCAUCCUGCCGACACUACUGUAUGGAGCGGAGACUUGGACGGUGUACGCAAAGCAGGCACGUCGUCUGAACCACUUCCACCUCAGUUGUCUUCGUCGCAUCCUGAGGCUGAGAUGGCAGGACCGAAUCUCCGACACUGAUGUACUGGAAAGGACGGGAAUUCUCAUCAUCUACACCAUGUUGAGACAAUUGCAGCUGCGUUGGAGCGGCCACCUGGUGCGCAUGGACGACAAGCGGCUACCCAAACGACUCUCCUACACAGACUUCGUCGCGGGUUUUCGCCGCCGAGAAGGCAAAAUUCGCCGAUACAAGGAUACUCUGAAGUCCUCCCUGAAGCGUCUGCAAAUUAACCCGACCAACUGGGAAGGCGUCCCCCACGACCGACCGACCGACCGACCUAGAGGAGGACAGUGA